AGUUCUCAGAAAUCAGAAAUCUUCCACGUUGCCAACAUGCCUGUAAAAAAGAUUCUCCAUAUCUCUUUUGAUUCCAUUUGUUGUCGCCAUGGGAAUGCUCCUUAAGCAAGUUCUCAGAAAUACUCCACGUUGCCGACGUGGAAAUAACGAUUCAAGGCUGCGAGUGUAUAUAUAUAUUCUGAAAAUGGAUUUUUGUGUGUUGACCGUUAACAAGUAAAGUUUCUUCAGCUGAAAUUUCAAGUAUUGCUUCUAAUUACCAGUUGAGGGUCGGCUGGAUUUUGAAACCAAUCAUUUACUUGCUGUAUCUCAAAUCCAUUGAUAAAGUUGUCGAUUGCUUCUAAAUUGAAGUUCGGCUGGAUUUUGAAACCAAUCAUUUACUCGCCGUAUCUCAAAUCCAUUGAUAAAGUUGCGAUUGCAUCUAUUCAUCAAUUGAAGCUCGGUUGAAUUUCGUAAUAGAUCUCUGGUAACUAUUAUGGAUACAAGUUGGAUGAGUGAGCCCAGGUCAAGCACACAAUUUUUGAAGGGGCUAGGUGAAUUCCUUGAUCUUGAAUGCAAGAACAAUGCAAGUGCUAGUGGAGAGAUUAAAUGCCCAUGUAUCAAGUGUGCCUAUAGCAUGUGGGUGACUCGUGAAAAAGCAACGGAACACAUAAUCUUCAAGGGGAUUAUGAAAGGAUACAACACUUUGAUCGCUCAUGGAGAAGCUUCAAGCACCGAGCAUCUUGAGGUACGUAAAGAAGUUGCACAAGUAGGAAUAUGGGGAACAAAAUCAAAAGGAUCUGAGCAAAAUCGCUGGUCUUUCCUACUUGAGAAUAAUCAUAAGCUUAAGAAGAUAACCAUAGAUCAUGGUGAUCUAAUAUAUUCUCUCAUGUACACAACUGAAGAUGGAAGGGGAUGUUUCCAUGAUUCAGAAAAAGCAGGUGGCUGGAAUGGUGGAUGCAUAGUGUGUGAGGUUACAUUUGAUGUUGAUGAGGAGAUAAUUGGCAUUGAUGGAACGGUCGGGGUAUCAACCGGGGAAUUUCCUGGUUACACAAUAAUUUCGUCGUUGUCUUUCCUAACAAACAAAAGAACCCAUGGGCCUUUUGGUAAAGCAACAGGGACUCCUUUUGCAGUACCAUGGAACAAAGGUUCGUUUGCUGGAUUUUAUGGGCUUGCUGGCUAUUACAUUGAUGGCAUUGGUGUCUAUUUGAAGGCAUCUCAGGAAACUGCCAGGGUUGGAUUAUGGGGAACAGAGUCUAGCACGGGUCCACAGUAUCGGUGGUCAUUUUGUCUCGAGAAAAAUCAUAAGCUGACGAAGAUAACUAUAGAUCAUGGUGAUAUGAUAUCUUCCCUCAUCUUCACUAGUGAAGAUUGUAUGGGUUCUGUGCAUGUCUCUAACAAGGCUGGUGGUUAUAGUGAUGGAUCCACGAUUUCUGAGGUUAACCUGUUUUGGGACGAAGAAAUAAUUGAAAUUAACGGAACAUUUAGGGUCUCAAGUGGGACACAUAUUGGGAAGACAAUCUCAUCGUUGUCUUUCGUAACAAACAAAAGGAACCAUGGACCUUUUGGUUCUGCAACAGGAACUUGUUUCUCAGUGCCAUGGAACAAAGGUUCGUUUGCUGGAUUUUAUGGCAUUGCUAGCUAUUAUAUCGAUGGUAUCGGUGUCUAUUUGAGGGCUACUACAUAAUGGUUUUUCAAAGUAGAAACCAUUGAAUUGAAAGCGAUAUUCAGUGGUUUCUUGAUUUGACAAAUCUAAGAUGAAAUAGAAUUUGUCAAGUGGAUUCUAGUCUAGCUUUUGGGUCAAAAUUACGUAGUAGAUGUAUUAGUUUUUGUUGCCUGUAUUUUUACUAACUUAUUGGUUGUAUUAUGUUUUUGAUUUUUUAUUAGCAAUUAAGUGGGAUGAGUUAUCUUGAUAAAACUCGAUGUCGCUCGUAAUUGUGUAAUGAUGUAAAAUGGAUUCAAUUGUGGAUGAGAAGGAUGUAAGGUAGAAGGUACUCUUUAA